UCCUUUAUCUUCAUCCUAUAUAUAAAUACUGAUGAAACUAGUGUUGGACUAACCUCACGAUUUAGCUAAAGUUCAGUGAAUUUGAUUUGGUUCAGUUUAAUGGCGAAUAUCGGUGAAUCUGCUACAUACAUAUGCAGAAACUGCCAAAAUCCUAUUGCUGUCCGCAGUGAAUUGCUCUCUAAAAACUAUCUGGGAAAAACUGGGCCGACCUAUAUGUUCUCUCAUGUAAGGAAUAUUAUUGUGGGGCCUAAGCAAGACAGGAACCUGAUAACCGGUUUGUACACCAUUGCGGGCAUAUUUUGCAGCAAUUGUGGGGAGGAAUUAGGUUGGAAAUACAUACAAGCUUAUGAGGCAAGGCAGAAGUACAAUGUAGGAAGGUUCAUAAAUGAAAGGGCAAAGAUUGCCAAGGAAUACUAGCAUAUAUAAGUAUGGAGUUUAAUGUGUAUGUUGUGUAAAAUUUCUUUACACGGACACUCCGGGAUUGAUUGUCACAUAGAAAUAGCUUUUUAAUUUAAUUAAAGUAAAAAAGAAUGUAAUUACUUUUGAAUGUAUGAUAUUAAAUAAUUAAAUUGUUAUAUGUAUACGCAUGCAUAUUUAUGGAA